AUGUGGGCUUUAUUGGUUCUUGUAGGUGCCGCAGCUGCUUCAGCUCCACUUCACAGUCACCAUUUUGAUGGAGAGAAGGUGUUUCGUGUAACACCACACAAUGAAGAGCAGGUAGAAUUCCUCAACAACUUGGCCAGCAACAUGCAGAUUGAUUUCUGGAAUCCAGACACCAUCACACAAGUAAAACCAGAAAUGAGAGUUGAUUUCCGAGUUGAAGCGGACAAGUCCUCUGAUGUUGAGAGUCUCCUGGAGCAGAGGGGAGUGGAAUAUGAAAUUCUGAUCGACAACCUGAAGACGGUACUUGAUGCUCAGUUUGACAGCAAUGUUCGUGCUACUGGACACAAUUAUGAAAAAUACAACAACUGGGAAACGAUAGCUGCUUGGACUGCUGACAUUGCUGCUCAGAAUGCAAACAUUGUCUCCCGCACUCAGAUCGGGACUACAUUUCAGGGACGGCCCAUAUACCUCCUGAAGGUGGGGAAAAGUGGUUCAAACAAAAAGGCCAUCUUUAUGGAUUGUGGUUUCCAUGCAAGAGAGUGGAUCUCCCCUGCAUUCUGCCAGUGGUUUGUGAAAGAGGCUGUUAGUACCUAUGGAAGUGAUACCCUUAUGACACGUCUUCUCAACAACUUGGAUUUCUACAUCCUGCCUGUCCUUAAUAUUGAUGGUUACGUCUACACCUGGACCAAUUACCGCAUGUGGAGGAAGACACGUUCCACAAACUCUGGCAGCAGCUGCAUUGGUACCGACCCCAACAGGAAUUUUAAUGCUGGGUGGUGCAGUGUUGAUGCCUCGAAAAGACCAUGUGAUGACACUUAUUGCGGCAGCGCCCCUGAGUCUGAAAAAGAGACCAAGGCUCUGGCUGACUUUAUUCGUAAAAAUCUCUCCACUAUCAAGGCAUACUUGACUAUUCACUCCUAUUCCCAGAUGCUGCUGUUUCCUUAUUCUUAUACUUACUCCAUUCCAGAGAACUAUGCAGAGCUGAAUACCAUUUCUAAAGCUGCAGUUCAAGAGCUGGCUUCAUUGUAUGGCACAAAAUAUACCUCUGGUUCAGGUGCUUCAACAAUCUAUCCUGCUGCUGGUGGCUCUGAUGACUGGGCUUAUGAUCAGGGUAUCAAGUACUCCUUCACCUUUGAGCUCCGUGAUACAGGCAGAUAUGGAUUUGCACUCCCUGAAUCUCAGAUAAAGCCAACCUCUGAAGAGACUCUGAUAGCUGUUAAAUAUAUUGCCAAUUAUGUCCUUGAGCAUUUAUAUUAGAAUGGUACUGCAAAAUUAUUCAAGAAAGCUUGUUUCAAAUAUACUAUCCCCUCUGUUCUCUUUCCCUGAUGGCUGAUGAUUUCUGCUUUACAGGGUGCUGUUAGUUCUCCCUUACACUUGAGCUCUAGAGCCAAUGGAAAUAUCUUGGGAUUUUUCUAUUAAUCACAAAUAAAAAUGACAAUGACUCAUCUACUGUUUGAAUAUUGAUAGAACAUCUGUUACUCCAGCGACUGGAUUGAAUGGAUGAAGAAACCACCAGUGUCUAUUUUGACUGUUUGGCCAGUUAACAUGUUUUUUAAAAGCUCUUUAAUGAUCACUAAACCAAAUUCAAUCAUGGGGCAUUAACUGCAGUGGAGCUGUAUGAUAGAUCUAGGGGCAGAACCUGGACCUCUCUUACUAGGCUAAUAUUAAUCAGAAGCUUUAAUAGCAGCUAGCUCUUAGGCGAAACAAGAGUGAGGGCAAAUGGGAGCCCCACAAUAAUGGAGGUGGGGGAAAACCUAAUAAUGACUAUAUCUAAUCCAUCCCUAUAUCAGAGGCAGGCUGAGAUCAAAAAUCAGAUAAUGUGAAUGGAGGUAGGGGUCCUGUCCUGAAAACUAAAUGUAACAGGUUAGCGUUUGAACUGAAAAUUAAAUAUAAUAAAGAAAAUAUGAAAAAUAAUAACAUAGGAAUGAACUGAUAAACUUCAUUGGUCAUUACAAAUUCUACACACACACAUAUAGAAAAUGGUUACGUUGAUUACUCAGGCUUUGUUCCAACAGGUUUAAAUUAGUUAAAGCAAUAUGGGCAGUAGUUAAGAAGUCGGUCUGAUAAGUAACGACUUUCAUAUGUUGUAUAUGAUCCAUCAGGUAGGUAUGCGCAUGUCUUUAUAUUUCUGCCUGUGUAGAAUGUAAUCCUUGAAUCAAAUAAUCAAAACCACGAACAUAAAUCCUGAGCUGCUAGCUUCAUUUUGUGACUGAGAACCAAAUGCACAGACACGCAGGAACACCUGCACUCCCAGCAAAACUUCAAUAGCUAAACAACAGAAAUGAACAAAACCAAACAAAAUGCCAGUGGAGCAAAUUCUGUAUGGAUUCUCUCUGCAUGCAAGACAGCUGUCUGGUGGAACUUGAGGAACUACUUAAAAUGUGGAUGGAUUGGUAUACUGAGAAAGGCAAUUAAACCCUCUUUCUGAGCCAUGACCUUUAAGUCCCAGAAGCUGUCCAUCUGACUAGAUGUGCUCUUUUCCCAACUAGUAUAGGUUAGAGUCAUUAGUGUUAUUAGCAUUUCAGCCAUUUGAAGAGUAGGAAGGUUCAGAUAAUAAUAAAACAAUCUCCAGUGAAGCUCUAAGAGCAAGUCAGUUGCUUGCUGAGCAAUAAGAAGGGGAAAUAUAAAAUGUGACAGACAGUAUUUGCUAUACAGAGAAAAAGCAGAAAUAUGAAGUUUAUGUUGCUUUUAGGCCUGAUUGCAGCAACUCAUGUUGUUCCUCACAUUCGUCGUUUGACAGAUAGAAAGCUCUCUGAGGAUCAUUGGCAGAGAUUGUAUCAAUGAUCACAUUAGUUCAAUAUUAUGUCCACAUUGUAGCACAGAAGAGCUGUACCAGACAAAUGAGAGGACCCCUACUUCAAAUGGACUAAUAGACAAAGAAAGGGGCUGGAACCGAACAGGACUGUACAAUGUACUGUUAUGGCUGUGACUGGUUACUGAUCUCUUUUGAAGUGAGAAAAUGUUUCAUGUGAAUCCUCAGAAUGACAAACAAGUGAACUUCAUGAAGGAUUUGGCCAGCAUCAUACAGCGAAGACAUUUUUACACAGCGUGCCAUAUAUUUAACUCUUCACUUUGUUUUAAUUUUUUUCAGCUUCUUGCAAUGGUCUCAAAUCUCAGAUAUGCAGGUGUAACUCACCAUAUACUGUACAUCCAUCAUUAUAAUAUGGGGCCAAAUUCAGAAGCGGUACCUCAAGUGGCAUUGCUAGAUUCUCUCUUACACCUACACUGAUGUACAAGGGAGUAUAAGCAGCAGGUGGAAAAAGGCAUAAGAAAGUGUGUGUUAAAGAAUCCUCAUCCAGACUUAAUAUACACCUUCUCCCAGCUCCGGGGAAUUUAAGUUACGUUAAUUUAGACUCCUUUAUGCAUUGGUAGAGCAGGUGUAAGUAGGUCUAAGGGAAUCUAUGGGUUACGCUAUCUUAGACAUCAUCUAACCGUUUUGCCCACAAAAUCUGCUAAUACUCAUGUAUACCCCGAGUAGCUGAUUACUUUUAUAAGAUAUAGUGUAACACACACCUGUUAUCUGGGAUUACAACUGAGCCUUGUGUACUGUGGUGCAGUCUCUGUAUAACAAAGGGUUUAUAACAACUCCUAACAAUAAAGGAUAUCACUGGCAGAGCAAGUAUAAAAUACAUUGGGAAGGAAGGGAUUGAUCUUCUGUAAU